CCGGACAAAACAUACAGCAGUAUCUUCCUCAUGGAGACGAUGAUGAACACACCACUGUAUCUUCCUCAUGAAUUGAUCAUACAAAUUCUUAUGAGAUUACCAGUCAAAUCUCUUAUACGUUUCAAAUGUGUUUGUAAGUUAUGGUUAACUCUUAUCUCUGAUCCUUAUUUUGCAAAUUCACAUUUUGAAAUAACCGCCGCAACACACACUCAUAGAAUUAUGUUCAUAUCAACUUCACCUCCUUAUCAAAUUCAAUCUAUAGAUUAUGAAGCAUCGUUACGUUCUGCUUAUGCUUCACCGAGCCUUAAUUUUCUGCUUCCCCAAACUCAUCCAGAUAUUGAAAUUAUAGGUUCAUGUAGAGGAUUUAUACUUUUGCACUGUUCUUCGGAAUUUCACAUAUGGAAUCCAUCCACUGGAGUUCAUAAAGAAAUACCUUUGUCUCCCAAUGAUUCCCAUUUAGAUGUUAAAUAUUUAUGUUAUCUAUAUGGUUUUGCUUAUGACCAGUCGAGAGAUGAUUACUUGGUGUUUUCAAUGUCAUAUGAUACAACCUUAGCUAAUGAUAAUAUUUCAUCACAUUUGGAGUUUUUCUCGUUGAGAGAUAAUACGUGGAAAGAAAUUGAGGGUACUCACCUCCCUUAUAUGCAUAACUCCGAUCUUCUAAGAGUAGGGUCGCUCUUUAAUGAGGUAAUUCAUUGGUUGGCUUUUCGUAAUGAUACAUCGAUGGAUGUUAUUGUUGCCUUUGAUUUAAAGGAAUGGAAAGUUUUAGAUAUACAUCUGCCUGAUGAGUUUGAAGGUGAACUUGACGAUAGUGGUUUGUGGGUAUUUGGAGAAUUUUUCAGUCUAUGGGCUACAGAUCAUUUUGAUAGAAAGGGUACAGUUGAAAUAUGGGUGAUGAAAGAAUACAAAGUGCAUUCGUCUUGGAUUAAGACUCAUGUUGUUUCUUUGGAUGACAUUCACAUUCUCAUUCAUUCCCCUUUGUGCUCUACAAAAAGUGGUGAUAUUAUUGGAGCCGAUGAUGGAAAAGUGGUUAAGUAUAAUGACAAAGGACAAUGGCUAGAGUCUUACUGCUAUUUUAAUGAUAGAGGCGGAUCCGAAGUGGCUCUUUAUGUCGAGUCCCUGCUUUCACUCCCUGCUAACAAUGAACAAGCUUAAGAAGAUGACGCAUACAAGGAGAAUAAUGAGGCUUUGAAAUAUUGGUUUGAAAUUUGUAAUAUGCUUAUUGGAAAUAUCGAAAGCUUUGUUUGUGUCAUUCACUUUUAUUUAAUAUUUAUGCACGAUUGAGUUCUGAUAUAUGUUGUGGUCACUGGUCAGUGGUCUCCACUUGAAAUUGUUUUAUAUGGUAAAUUA